AUUUGUGAAAAGGAAGGGAUUUGAGAAAAUUGGACUUGGCAGAAACAAGUUACAGGCCCUAAAUCCCCGACCUUGGGGCAGAGACUCCCGAGAGUCCCCAAAUCAAUUGCAAAGAAGAAGAAAGCCGGAGCAUAUAAUAAGCUUCGCGAACACUCUCUUCCGAAUCCCUAAACGACGUCCCACCGCACCAUGGAUCGGCAGGCCCACGACUACGCCGCCUACGCCCAACAACAACAGCAGCAGCAGCAGCGACAACCGCCGCCGCAGCCACAACAAUUCGGGUACCCGCCCCAGGCCCAACAGUUUCACGGCCCUCCUUUCGGACCCCCACACCCGCCCCUCCAACAAUUCCCCUACCACCCCCACUUACAGCAGCAACCGCCGCCCCAGGUUCUCUCCCACGCGCCGCCGCCGCCUCACCCUCACCACCUCCCCCCUCCCCCGGCCUUCGCACCCCUCGUCCCCCCGCCUUUCCACGCCGGCCCUCCUCCUCCGGUCGCCGGUCCUCCCUCCGACCCGGAGCUCCACAAACGGAUCGACAAGCUCGUCGAGUACUCCGCCAAGAACGGACCCGACUUCGAAGCCAUGAUUCGCGAGAAGCAGCAGGAUAAUCCCGACUACGCUUUCCUCUUCGGCGGCGAAGGCCACGGCUAUUACCGUUACAAGCUCUACGCCUCCACUCGGGUCGGGUCGUUCAACCCGAAUCCGCAGUUCGCUCCCCACAUGCUUCGUCCGCCGCCGAAUCCGAUGAUGAAUGGGCCCCCGAACCCGAUGAUGGGCGGCCCGCAGUCGUAUUUCUACGACCAGCAGCGGCAUAAUCAGCAGCCUUUCGGAGUUUAUGGGAGGUCCGAUUAUGACCAGGCGGCGGCGCAACCCUUUAAAGGGCUUUCGGGGCCGCUGCCUCCUGAUGUUGCAAUGGAGCUGAGCAAUGUGCUUAUGACGCUGAAUGGGACCAAAGAGUCGAUUAAAGGAGCCAAGUUUUGGUUUAUGCAGAGGUCUAUUUUCGCUCCGGCUCUGGCUGAGGCUCUUAGAGAGAGGGUGUUUGGACUUGAUGAUCCUGAGAGGCAGCUACAUGUGAUAUUUCUUGCCAAUGACAUUUUGUUCGACAGCUCACAUCGUCGAACUGGUGAAGGCCUUGAUAACGAAUCACUUGCACUCAAACCUAUCUUAGGUUCCAUGCUUGCAAGGAUUUAUCACAACCCUCAAAUAACGGAAGACAAUCAGAUGAAGUUGCAGCAAAUUUUGCAGUUAUGGGUUUCCAAUAACAUUUAUGAUCAGGAUACAAUUGAUGCAUUUAGGAAUGAGAUGAUUGGUGGACCAUCAAGUAAUUCUUUUCCAGGUCUUCCAAAAGACUUAGCUACUACUUCAACAGAUUCAGCAGCAGGAUUGCCACAAUGGCAGCCUGAUAGGCAAGGCUCUGUUUCGAGUUCACACGAUCAAGAGCAUCUUGAUAAACAUGUAGCUCCUGGUCAAGUGGUGCCACUUUCCGUGCCAACCCAGCAAUUUCUUCCAAAUUCAGUCCCUCCUGCUGCCUUUGCUGGGCCCCUCCCCAUACCAUCUUCUGUUCAACCAACAAUCCCACAACCCCUGCCACAUUUAUUGCCUGGUCAAGCUGCUACCAGCGGCGAGAAGUUGCCACCAUAUCCUUUGUUCCCACCUGGUCUUAUUCCUGAGAUGGUCAGAAAGAUGCAGAUUGGCAGUGGGGUGCCAUACUCACCGAUGAGUCCUCUGGACAUUCCAACCAUCAUACCUCCAUCCACUGUACCUCAGUCCGAAAUUCUUGAGAGAGUGUCAAAGUUCUUCAAAGAGAUUGGAGAAGUUAACCCUUCUGAAGGACCUAUUCAUGGUUCUGAUGGUAGAGACGAUGAUGAGUACGAAAGUAGUACUCCGGCACGCAAGGGAGGAGCUUGCAUCCCUCCACCCCCAAACCUGCAGGUAGACCCAGAGACGGGGGCUUAUGCUGAUGGAAGUGUUGAUCGAAAGAGUGGCUCGGGGAGAUUGGGACUCGGGGCCACAGCUAAUCCAAAUGAGGUGAGCCAGUACGACGAUGUCUAUUCUUCUUACCGGAAACAGAGAAGCACCAACUACCACUCUUCCAUGAGUGCAAGAGCUGCAGCAAGAUAAAAACAAGUUCUGAAAACGGCAGUCAGAUCAGUUCUCCGUUUUUUGCCAUAAUGUACUCUGGUUGUUAGCAUGAGCUUGUAGGAGCAUCAAAACCUGGUUGAUUAUCUUGUACUAUUCCGAAUUUUGAUUCAGAUGAAUGUUAAUGCAUGCAAGCAAUAGGUACACAUUUUACCAGACGUA